CGCAGGAUUCAUUCUGUCCUCGCCACAGCGGAUCCCGAAAGGGGUCCCAGGCGCAUCGUCAUUCUUGGCACUUCUCGACAGCUUGGCCUUCCGGACCCCCCGUGGCUCCUCUCCCGGGUUUUGAAACCGUUCUUUUGCACGAUUAGUAUUUAAAAUGGUCACAGCAUAUCUCCCAGGCACCCAACCCCGCUCCUUCCCACCCAUGUCUGCCUUCGACAGGCUCCCGCCCAGGCUCAGGAAACCCAGCCAGCGAUGGCCGUUCCCGACGCCACCCAGUUCCGCCCCGGCCGCUGCGUGAGUCUCCAACGCCACCGGCGACCCUCUUUUCUCUGUCUCUAUGCCUGAGCUGACCCGUCUUGCUUGUGCCAUCCCGCGCCUUCUUGCCGGCCCCUUCACUUACCAUCCCGUUGCCACACUCGGCACGCAAGGAAAGAACGAGAUCAUUUCCGAAGUCGCCCCAAGUACGGUUGAAAGAGAAAGCGAAACCGCGCCGUGCUUCCCGGCUUAUUCUUCUCCCUCGGGAGAAGCACACGGAAUCCGUGCUCAGACUGGGAUGCCUAAACUGCUGCCGCAGCUCGUCUGGCAUGGCCCUGAGGGGAUCCGGAGCCUGAUGCAGCGUGAGACCCUCGGGGAGUUCUGGAUACUGAAUCAGUCGUCCAGCUAUAAGAAAGGGAUGGACGUCCUGUCAGAGGGGACCCUAGGGCAAUCCUGGACAGCUGCACGGGGGUACUGCAAAGGAUGCUCCGCAGAGCACAACCACGUACCGUGCUGCAUGCAGAGCUACGACGGGGGCUGCUCCAUCCCUGGUGGAUCAGAACUGCGCUUCACAAUGUGUCAGAGAAUUGGGGAGACGCCUAGGUGUUGCUAUGGAAACUCUUCUUACACACACGGAACUUCCUACCCAGGGAUGCAUCCGCUUUUCUCAUUAGGUAAGGUGGCUUUCUUUCUGUCCCUGCUGCAGAAUCUCUACGUGGCACCACAGUAUUGCAGAACAACACUGACACUUACUUCUUCAUGUCAGUUUCACAAACAGAGCCGCAAGUUCCUUGUUUCGAGGACUCCUUUACGUGGUGCACUAGUCAUCCCUCCCGUAAAAGUUUACGGAACUUUUCCCCCAGUUGUUGCCCUCCAAAGCUUCACCCAAGAAUCCCGGCGUUUUCUCUACGUGUGCGUGCGUGUUAACUACAAGCCCAGACAAAAGCGACCGCCGUGCUUUUAAUUGGUUAAAGUGAUAUACAGAGAAGCGGAGAGCUCUAAACCCAAGGGUGGGGGAUAAAACCGUGCCAAGGACACAUUUUCCUCCCGCAACGAAAACAGGAGAAACAGCCUCAGUUCAAGCAGAGAAGCCCGAAGGAAACUCGGGAAACUGGCGCCUUCCCCAAGUGACAAUGGCAGGUAUCGCCUGCGAAACUAGUAACGCUGAGCAGGAAACUGACGAACGAAUGGCGCACUUUGGAAAGCCCCAGAAGCUCCUUCUUGGCUUCCACUGCAAACCAGGCGGGGCGCCAACCUGCCUUUCUGCGGGACCAGCAGACGGAGGGCCCCUCUCCUCCUAUUUCCGGCUGCUGCCUGGAUGCGGUUUCACCUCGCGCUUUCUUCUCUCCAGAGGGAGAGAACAAGCAGUGCUGACAUCAAGGGGAGCUGCUGGGAAAAGCCAGUGUUGCCCGUUACCCGAAGGGGAGCAAGGAGCGGACCGGGGCGGCUACACCUCGGCCGAGGCACUCCCGCUUGGGGCUCCCCAAGAAGGGAAGCGGGCUCCCCUCGGCCCGCCCAAGAUGCGGAGCUAUUCCGCCUCCCUGUACGAGCAAGAAGGGCAGCGCCUCGUCGGCUCCCCCUCCCCAGGUGGGCGGCCUGGGCGUCCUGCGGGGCGACGCCUGUUCCCCGAAAACGAAGGGCGGCGGGCUGGGCAGGGAACCCGCGCAGGCUUCGCUCCAGGG